UCAACGUGACGUUGAUCGUUCCGUCUGGAGUCCCGUCUUUCAUUGUAUCACGGAAAAAAGUCUUUUAAUCUGUCCGUGUAUCUCUGUCGCAUCUGACAUUUUGACAAAUACGAGACAGCAGGAAAAAAUCUGUUAUAUAUAUAUAUAAAAAGUUUAUUACUUUUAAAAUUGUUCACAGUGUGUUAAUACACCCGCAAAAAUGCAUAGAAUGUUUGGACGUGCUAAAGCCAAGGAUCCACCGCCAAGUAUCACGGACUGCAUUGCAGGGGUUGACAGCAGAGCAGACUCCGCGGAAAAGAAGAUAGCUAGGUUAGACGCAGAGCUGAAGAAGUACAAGGAUCAAAUGGUGAAGAUGAGAGACGGACCAGCUAAGAACGCGGUGAAGGCCAAAGCACUGCGUGUACUGAAACAACGGAAAAUGUACGAGACCCAAGUGGACAACUUGCGUCAGCAAGCGUUUAAUAUGGAACAAGCGCAAUAUGCCACCCAAACGUUGAAAGAUACUCAUACAACUGUAACUGCUAUGAAAGACGGUGUCAAACAAAUGCAGAAGGAAUUCAAAAAUAUUAACAUCGAUCAGAUUGAAGAUAUACAAGAUGAUUUGGCAGAUAUGUUAGAACAAGCUGAUGAAGUUCAAGAAGCAUUGGGUCGCAGCUACGGAAUGCCAGAAAUUGAUGAUGAUGAAUUGGCAGCCGAACUAGAAGCUCUAGGUGAUGAUCUUGCUUUGGAUGAAGACGCAAGUUUCUUGGACGAUGCCAUCAAAGCACCCAGUGCUCCAGAUAAAGAACCUGGAGCAAGUUCUGUCAAAAACAAGGAUGGUGUUCCGGUGGAUGAAUUUGGCUUGCCACAAAUACCUGCUAGCUAAGCUUAAAGUUGCAUCAAAAUUUAUAGAUAAGACAAUGUAAGCUUAAGAAUAUCUGCAUGCACGCCCAAAGACAUGAUCCGUUAAAACAGAACACAAAGCUUUUCUACUCAAUACUUCUAAUGUGACAUAAACAAUGCUUUAGCAAAGUUCUGUUGACAUAUUUUCAGAUAUUUAGUUCCGUACUAAUAGAAUUUUGUUAUUCUCUUUUAAAGCCACUAUUUUUAUUAAAUUAGUAUUAUGUUGUACAUAUACAUGUUAAAUAAUAAAUACUUAAUAAAAUAUUAAAUA